CCGUUGAUGUAUCAUUGUAUUGAUCUUACUAGCUCAUGAGAAUUAGAUGUAGGUGAUCCUACAUCGGUAGUAUACAUAUAAGGAUACCAAAAGGGAUACAUAAAUUGGAGUCUAAAACAAGUCCUAGUUUGUCUAGUUUAGAUUUUGGAAAGGGGAAACCCAAAAUUGAAUUAGUAUCUAAGUCUUAUAACUUUGCCAAUAAGCAGAGUUUUAAGUGGGUUUAUGUGUAUUCUUUUGGUGUCGCGAUUGGAGCAAUUGAAGGUGUCGCGAUUGGAGCAAUUGAAGUCGCCAUUUUGAUCGCUAGUUGGUACUUCCUUUUCAGGAAACAGGGCUUUUCGAACUCUCUAGAAGAGGGGUAUCGAACUCUUUCAAGUCAGUUUAGGAGCUUUAGUUAUAAUGAGCUCAAAACAUCAACGAAUAAGUUCAAGCAAGUUCUAGGGAAAGGCGGAUUUAGAGCUGUUUAUAAGGGUGUUUUAGGUGAUGGUCGCGUAAUAGCAGCCAAGAAUCUUGAAAAUAUGGUACAAGGGGAGGAAGAAUUUUGGGCAGAAGUGAGUACAAUUGGUAGGAUGAACCGUAUGAACUUAGCUAGAAUGUGGGAAUUUUGUUCAGAAAAAAAGCACAAGCUUUUAGUUUAUGAAUAUGUUGAAAAUGGGUCAUUGGACAAACAUUUAUUUCUGUCCUCAAGUAGUAGUAAUUCAACUGUUCUUGGAUGGGAUAGGAGGUUUAAAAUUGCAUUAGCAACUGCUAAAGGGUUGGCUUAUCUUCAUCAUGAGUGCCUAGAAUGGGUUAUACAUUGUGACGUAAAGCCUGAAAACAUACUCUUAAACUGCGAUUUUGAGCCUAAAAUCUCCGAUUUUGGACUAGCAAAAUUAUGUCAAAGAGAUGAUCAAGGUUUAUUAUCUGAGCUAUCGAGAAUUAGAGAUACAAAAGGGUAUAUGGCUCCGGAAUGGACAACAAACCUUCCUCUUACCGCGAAGGUUGAUGUUUAUAGCUACGGAGUUGUGAUACUAGAGCUCGUUUUAGGCAUUCAUUUGUUGAGUGUAAAGGUAGAAGGUGAUUACCUCGAAGAAGAAGAGAUUUCUAGAUUCACAAAAUUUGUGAUCUUUGCCAAAGGAAAGAUGCAAGAAGGUGAUGAUUUAUGGAUGGAGAACUCAGUGGAUCCAAGGUUGGAAGGGGAAUUUAGUAGGAAUCAAGCUGUUAAGAUGGUGGAGAUAGGUCUUUCUUGUGUGGAGGAUGAUAGAAACAAGCGUCCAACAAUUGAAUCAAUUGUUCAAAUUCUUGUAGAGUGUGAAGAUGAAACAACAUGAUUGUGCAUAUUCUAUUCUAGACAAUAUGUGAAUAAGUGAUUAUAGAUUUCUAGUUUGUGUUUAAUUUGGCAACUAAGUUUGAUAAAUUGAUGUGAUCAAGUACUACGAUGAUUUGGCAAUCUAUAAGUAUCAAUGUCUACAACUUUCAUAUCA